GGAGAGGAAGAUGAGAGAGUGAGGGAGAUACAGAGAUACAGUGAAACAGGGGGAAGAGAGGGAGGUAGAGGAGAGCUGCCGGACCAUCCUACCUGCCGCCGCUGUACAGGAGGUUGUUCAUCAUGACAGCCCUGCGUCAGAGGAAGGGGAGCAGGGGGAAGGAGCCCCCUCUCGGUGCAGAGUUUCAGUCCCAGCAGUCCAACUGUUGCUCCGAUCAUCAUCCAGAGAAUAUAUUACACGGUGAUUGGUCAUGGGGGGUUAUUAUCUGGACAUCGGUGGGCUGGUCUGUGUCUGUGGGUCUGGGCCUGCUGUGCUGUAUCUACAUGGCCACGCUGCAUGAGAACGACCUGUGGUUCUCCAACAUAAAGGAAGUGGAGCGUGAGAUCUCUUUCCGGACAGAAUGUGGACUUUAUUACUCCUACUACAAGCAGAUGUUGCAGGCCCCGUCCAUACAGGAAGGCCUCUCAGAUUUGAUCCAUGAUAACUUGACAGAAUCCAAGAGGACCAUCAAUCUCCUUCAGCGGAUGAAUAUCUACCAGGAGGUCUUCCUCAGUGUUCUCUACAGACUGUUGCCCAUACAGUCCUAUCUGGAGCCAGUGUAUUUCUACAUCUACACAGUGUUCUCGCUCCAGGCAGUGUAUGUGAUCGCUCUGUACCUAACUGCAUGGCUCCUGUCAGGCUCCUGGCUGGCCGGCACUCUCACCGGGGUCUGGUACAUCCUCAACAGGGUUGAUACCACUCGUGUGGAGUUCACCAUCUCGCUCAGAGAGAACUGGUCGAUGCCCUUCCUCGCGCUGCAGGUCACCGCUAUCACCUGUUACCUCAGGCCUCAGCUCACAGACUUACAGCAGAAAGUGAUGGUGUGGUUGAUGUAUGUGACGACGUUUUGCUUCUGUCUGACGUGGCAGUUCAACCAGUUCAUCCUGCUGGUUCAGGCUCUCAUCAUAUACAGCCUGGACUGUCUGGACUUCUUAACAACUACACAGGUGACCACUCUGUACCUGGUCCAGGUGAGCAGUCUGCUGAGUGUGUGGCUCCUCCAGUUCUGUAACUCCAUGAUCCUGGGAUCACUGGUGCUGAGCUUCAUCGUAGCCGCACUCUUCAUCAGACACUGCCAGUCUGGUCUAAAGACAGGAAGUCCUCUCGUCCGUCUGGGCAGACUGCUCCUCCACAGCGCCAUGGUCCUCCUCCUCACCGUCACCAUCAACUACCUGACCAAGAAAGCACUUCAGCUCAGAUCAGACGAACACAUCUUUAAAUUCAUCAAGUCAAAGUUUGCCUUGGGGCCAACGAGGGACUUUGAUGCCAGUCUGUACCUGUGUGAGGAGGCAUUCGGCCUGCUGCCCUUCGACACUCUGGAGCGCCUGGCUGGCACCCUGCUGCUGUACCCAUACAUCCUCACCCUGCUGCUGCUCAGCGGCACGCUGGCAGUGGCUGCUCUGCACAACCUCAGACUAAAAGCUAAUGAGCUGUAG